GAUGGGGUGAGAUGUGAUGAAAUGAUGGAGGGAGGGGGAUUGAGAGUGAACAAACAGAUACACAGACAGAAGAAGAGACAGAGCGAGAGAGAGAGAGCUGUUUUUUCAUCAUGGAGGUCAUCAAGGCUACACUGAUCUUUUCCAGUCUUCUUCUAACAGUUUUGGCUCAGAAGCCGGUUGUGUCCAUGGAGCCUCGCACUGCGGCCGUUAAUCAGGACGAUACGGUGAGCUUCCGGUGCCGAGUGACCAGCGGCGCUCAGCCUGUACAGCUGGAGUGGAAACGACCCAACAACCAACCACUAGCAGAUAAUGUUAAAGUCGGACCUGAUGGUUCAGUGCUGACCAUUGCUUUUGCUCGCCCCGGUAACCAGGGACAGUACCGCUGCAUAGCAACCAACGCACAAGGCAAAGGCGCCGGCAUGGCAACGCUUACUGUGAAGCAGCCUCCAAAGGUACGUGUGACCCCAGCCAGCCAAGUAAAGGUAAAAGUGGGUGGAGUCACAUCUCUGGUGUGCCAUGCCUCUGGGAAGCCCCGCCCCUCCAUUACCUGGUUUAAACAGGAUGCAGGAAGAGAGGUUGUACUGGUUUCCACGACAACGGACACCAGUGUGACAGCAAAGGUGACAGUUACAGCACCACAGGAUGGCGGGACGUUUGUGUGUCGUGCCCAGAACAAGGACGGAACAUCCGAGGAGAAGGUGGAGGUUCUGGUAGAGGGCGGAGCCAGAGAGCCCAAGGCUACUGUUCACCAGACGGACAUGGUGGCUGUUGAGGGACAGACGGUGACCAUGCACUGCCAAGCGACCGGUUUCCCCACUCCUGUUAUUACCUGGUCUAAGCUGCGUGCUCCGUUGCCAUGGCAGCACAAGGCAGAGGGAGGAACCCUGACGCUCAGUAACGUCGGACGGCAGGACUCGGGUCAAUACAUCUGUAACGCCACAAACUCAGCAGGUUUCAGUGAAGCGUAUGUGCAGAUGGAGGUGGACACUCUGCCCUACGCCACCACCAUUCCUGAUCGUGUGACUGCUCGUCGAGGCGACUCUAUGCGUGUGCAGUGCAUCGCCCAUGGCUCUCACCCAAUCACCUACCGCUGGACACGUGUGGGCGGGGCUGCGAUGUCUUCAGGGGCAAAGAUCACCAAGGAAGGCGUGCUGACGAUCGCUCAGCUCAAAGUGACUGACAGCGGGACGUACAAAUGCAUGGCCACCAAUCACGUGGGCAACAGCGAGACGUUCGUCACCGUCACCGUCAGAGGUGAGGCAGGGCGUAAAUGACUGAUCUCCUCUGACGUCGAUGACGUGAGCGCACGAGGACAGCAAUAAUCUCUGGAUACAAAUACAACAACACAGCGCACCAGCCUUUAUAAAUGACAGCAUGUAAUAACUUUUCUACUUUUACGAUUUAAUCCAAACAGCUUGUUCGUAACACGCAUCAAACACGUCACAGAGUAUUGGCUCGCUGUGUGUUUACGAUCCGAGUUACACUUUAACAUAGUAAACUGGCCAAACUGUAGAACAUUCCGGCACUUUACACUCUUUAGUGUUUAAUAAACACAUAAUAAAUUUAUCAUAUGGCCACA